AUGGUAUCUAGACUUAAAGAGCUGGUUCAGUCGCAGGAGUCGUCUCCCGUUGUGUUGGACGGGCAGUCUCUCGACGUGAGUGCCGUCGUCGCUGUUGCGAGACACAACUGCACCGCAACAAUAACAACCAACUUCACAGUCUACCAAGCCAUACAAUCCAGCGUCAACCAACUAAAUACCCGCCUAGCAAACGGCGCCACAGUCUACGGCGUCAACACCGGCUUCGGCGGCAGCGCAGACACCCGCACGACAGACCACCGCGCCUUACAAAAGGCACUAAUCCAGCAUCACAACGCGGGCAUAGUCUUGCCCAAUAACAAUGGCCUAGGCGACUGCAGCCACAACCACCGCAUGCCCGUACCGAUCGUGCGGGCUGCAAUGCUAACGCGGUGUAACUCCCUGCUGCGCGGGCAUUCAGCCGUGCGUCUUGAGGUCGUCGAAACUAUACUUACUUUCCUGCGUCACUCAAUGACGCCUGUUGUGCCCCUGCGGGGGAGUAUUUCUGCCUCCGGGGACCUUACUCCGUUGGCGUACAUCGCGGGUGCAUUAGAGGGAAACCCCGAUAUUGCUGUCCACUGUGGAAAGGACGCGCGGGUUAUCCCAGCCGAUGAGGCGCUGCGCGAGCUCGGUCUGCAGCCGCUGGAUUUUGGACCGAAGGAGGGUCUGGGUCUGUUGAACGGGACUGCCUUCAGCGGUGGUGCGGCUAGUCUGGUGGUGUUUGACGCUACGCGUCUGCUCUCGCUGUCGCAGAUGAUGACUGCUAUGGCGACGGAGGCGCUGGGCGGCAUGGCGUCUAACUACCACCCGUUCAUAUCCCUAGCAAGACCCCAUCAAGGGCAGAUGGAAGCCGCGGCGAACAUAUUCCGGUUCUUGGCCGACUCGCGCCUCGCAACUAUCUCCGCAGGGCCGGAACACACCGGGCUAGCACAAGACCGGUACGCCCUAAGAACGUCUCCCCAGUGGAUCGGACCCCAGAUCGAGUCCAUGGCGCUGGCACUCCGGCAAGUCCGCACAGAGCUCAAUUCCACCACCGACAACCCGCUCGUUGACCCCGAGAACGGCGCAAUACACCACGGGGGCAACUUCCAAGCUGCGUCGAUUACAUCGGCGAUGGAGAAGACGACGAGCGCGGUGCAGAUGAUUGGGAGGAUGAUCUUCGCGCAGUGCUCGGAGCUGAUCAACCCUGUGCUGAGCAACGGGCUGCCGCCGAACUUGAGCGUGGAUGACCCGAGCUUGUCGUUUGCGUUCAAGGGGGUAGAUAUUAAUAUGGCGUCGUAUGUCUCUGAGCUGGGGUACUUGAAUCAUCCCGUUAGCAACCAUGUCCAGUCUGCAGAGAUGCAUAACCAGGGGCUGAACUCGCUUGCCUUGAUUGGAUGUCGCUAUGCCGCUGAGGCUGUCGACGUGCUGUCGCUUAUGACCGCGACGUAUCUGUAUGUGCUGUGCCAGGCGCUGGACCUCCGUGCGUUACACACUGAAUUCGUCCGCGAUGUCCGCGGGAAAAUUGAGUCUGUAACGGCUGAGCUUUGCCAUGUGGGCGACUCCCAGCGCCUGUGGGAUGAACUGCUCGACCACUGGCGCCGGCACAGCACCAGCGAUUUGAAAGACCGCGCGGUCCAGACGGCGAAUAGCUCUGUGGGGCUGCUCUUGGAUUUAAUGGCUGCUAACAGCAAUCGCAUCGCUGCGGACGAGGUGGCUCGAGAAUGGAAGACUCAGAUGGCGAGAACCCUCGCGGAUAGUUAUACCGCCACGCGGACUGGAUUUCUUGAAAAUCCUACGACGAAGAACUAUCUGUGCAGUGCGUCGCGGAGACUUUACGGCAUUGUCCGUGAUGAGCUCGAUGUGCCGCUGCAUCGGGGCCUCGAAGACCAUCCUACUUAUGAUCGGGAGCGUAUGAAGGGCAAGAAGAGUAUCGGGUCGCGUAUCACCACCGUUUAUACUGCCGUCCGAGACGGGCGUUUUGAUGAUGUAUUGGCCACCUUUUUUUGA